AUGUCAACACCAAAGACAGAUUCUGUAUCAGUUGGAAAGAGACUACAGUCUGAGCUGAUGGCUUUGAUGAUGGCCAGCAGCCCAGGUAUCUCAGCAUUUCCAGAGGCAGAUAACAUGUUCAGCUGGGUCGGAACGAUUCAAGGCGCUGCAGGUACAGUGUAUGAGAAUCUAGAGUUCAAGAUGUCGUUAAAGUUCCCCUCAGAGUACCCUUUCAAGCCACCCGUCGUCAAGUUUGAGACCAGCUGCUUCCAUCCAAACGUUGAUACACAGGGCAACAUUUGUCUAGACAUUCUAAAGGACAAGUGGUCGCCAAUAUACAACGUGCGCACACUGUUGCUCUCGAUCCAGAGUCUUUUGGGCGAGCCAAACAAUGACUCACCACUCAACUCCUACGCCGCUUCCAUCUGGGAGAACCAAGAUGAGUACAAGAAGGUAUUGCUCAAGAAGUAUCAAGAGGCUGGUGGUAUCACUGCAUAA